AUAUGCGCAAAUAACAACUUACCACUACGCACAUUUACAAAGUCCAAACAUAACCUUAAAUGUCAAGAAAAAAGCACAUGCUUCUUUAGCAUGUUUUUAAAAAUAAUUUCAUUGAUUUCACAUAACACCAGCAUAAAAGAUCAUUUUUAUAAUGAAAGCUCGAAAAUGGGAGGAAUUAGAAGUUACUUUAAGCGAUUCUGUUUUAAAAACUCUUGAAAAUUUGAAAUUUCACACGAUGACACCAAUACAGGCAGCUUGUAUACCUUUGCUAUUAAGUGGAAAAGAUGUUGCUGCAGAAGCGGUAACAGGCAGUGGUAAAACAUUAGCUUUUAUAGUGCCAAUGUUAGAAAUAUUGCAGAAAAGGAUAGAAGUUUGGAAACCACAAGAAAUCGGUUCAAUAAUAAUUUCUCCAACAAGAGAAUUAGCAACACAAAUUAGCGACGUCUUAUCGAAUUUUCUUGAGGAUCUUUCAAACUUAAAACAAAUUCUUCUUGUUGGAGGUACCACUGUUCGUGAGGAUGUGGAGAGACUCAAGAACGGUGCAAACAUUAUUGUUUGCACACCUGGAAGAUUGGAGGACUUAUUAACGAAUUGCAAAGAAAUGAAUUUAAUUGCUGGUGUAAAGUCUUUAGAAUUACUAGUCCUCGAUGAAGCGGAUCGUUUAUUAGAUUUAGGUUUUUCUGAUAGUAUCAAUGCAAUUUUUAGUUUCUUACCUCGACUUAGAAGAACAGGAUUAUUCUCAGCUACUCAAACAAAAGAAUUACAACAAUUAAUAAGAGCAGGUUUGAGAAAUCCAACAUUGGUUGCUGUCAAAGAAAAAUCAAGUGUCUCUACUCCUGUUAAUUUGAGUAAUAAUUAUUCAAUAGUGAAUUCUGAAAAUAAAUUCGCAACAAUGGUGAAAUUUAUUAAAAAGCAUGGCUUUAAUAUGAAGUACAUGGUUUUCUUUUCAACAUGUGCGUGUGUUGAUUACUUCAGUCAUGUUUUAACAGUACUCUUACCAUCUUUUAAAGUAUUAGCACUUCACGGUAAAAUGAAAAAUAAAAGACAUAAAAUAUUUGAAGAAUUUCGAAACAUCGAAAAUGGUCUAUUGGCAUGUACAGAUGUAAUGGCUCGAGGAAUUGAUAUACCAGAAGUCGAUUGGGUUUUGCAAUUUGAUCCACCUUCGACUGCAAGUAGUUUUGUUCAUAGAUGUGGAAGAACUGCGAGAAUAGGUAACGAAGGUAACGCUCUUCUUUUUCUUUUAGAAUCUGAAGAUGCUUACAUAGACUUUAUUAAAAGAAAUCAGAAAGUAGAGUUAAAAGAAAUUAAGACAGAAUCAUUUGAUAAUUUCGCGACAAAUUGUUUAAAGACAAUGAGAAAUUUACAGCGAAACGAUAGACUUUUGUUUGACAAGGCAAAUCGUGCUUUCGUUUCAUAUACGCAAUAUUAUCAAAAACACGAAUGUCGUUUAAUUUUAAGACUAAAGGAUCUAGAUUUAGGCAAAGUAGCGUUGAGUUUUGGUUUAUUAAAAAUGCCACGUAUGCCGGAAUUAAAAGGUUUGGAUUUAUCAUCAUUUCAUGAAGAGAAAUUUGACAUUAACACUAUUAAAUACAAAGAUAAACAAAGAGAAGCAAGUAGACUCGAGAAAUUGAAAGAAUUUAAAGAAACGGGCAUUUGGCCAGGUAAAAAAAUUCGGAAAAUGAAAAAAACUGAACCAUGGUCAGAGGCAAAGAAAAAUAAAUUAAAUCAUCAAGAAAGAAGAAAAAAUAAACGUGAGAAAAGAAAGAAAAAAAUUGAAAUGAAUUCAGAUCCUAUUAAAAAGAAACGCAAAAAGGGUAUAAGUGAGGAAGACUUGGCAGAAUUGACAAAGGAUAUGGCUCUUAUUAAGAAAUUAAAGAAAAAAAAGAUUAGUGAACAGGAAUUUGAUUUUGCAUUUGGAAUUGAAUCUUAAACAAUAAAUAAGAAUAUUAAAAAUUGUCAAUAAUACUUUUUAUUAUUAACAAUUAUUUUAUCGAUAGAGAUAAAAAUAUAUGAAUAUAUGUUUUUUUCAAAAAUUUUAA